AUGUAUAUCAGGCUAUAUCAUAAUAUCCCCCACUCCUCCUACGUAAGCACCGCCCCCCCACCCCCUUACGUAAGCCACGCCCCCUACCCUCCUGUGGAAGCCCCGCCCCAACUCCUACCCAAGCCCCGCCCCCGACACCUUACCCAAGACCCGCUCCCCGACAUCCUACUUAUGCCCCGCCCCCAACACCUUACCCAAGCCCCGCUCCCCGACACCCUACAUACGCCCCGCCCCCUGACACCCUACAUAUGCCCCGCCCCCAGCACCUUACCCAAGCCCCGCCCCCCAACACCAUACCCAAGCCCCGCCCCCCGACACCUUACAAAUGCCCCGCCCCUCAACACCAUACCCAAGCCCCCGCCCCCCAACACCAUACCCAAGCCCCGCCCCCAACACCAUACCCAAGCCCCGCCCCCAACACCUUACCCAAGCCCCGCCCCUACGCAAGAACCGCCCACAUACAAAGUGUUCAUGAAUGUGAGAAUGCGACUGCCUGUACAUAUUGCACCCAGUUCCCUUAACUCUAUGGGAUAUAUUACAUUCCCAAUAAUAUUUAUACCCCAACUGUAA